AAACACAAAAGUGGGUUUUCAGCUUACGGACAUUGCAGCCAAAUUAUUUAGUGUACAUAACUAUAAGUAUAGAAAAAAAAUUUAAAUAAUUAUUUAAAACGCUUGCAUACAAUUGCAAACGUAAUCGUGUAAUCGCGUAAUAAGCGAGAUUAAAGACUAUAAAUAAACGCUGUAUAUGUUUAAUAUCCAGCGUUCGAAGAAUGGUCGGAAAAGUUUAAAAAGGUGUCGAAGAAUAAUAAUUCAUUGACGGAAUAGUAAAUUUUAUUUUCAAAACAUAAAUCAAAAUGUCUCGUCGCUCAAGUUAUUUAUGUUUCUUCGUCAUAUCCUUUUUGCUCGUGAGUCCAACAAAAAAUAUUGAUAUUCAGAAAAGUGCCUAUCAAUUUCAAGAAUCUAAACAAAAUGCAAGACCAAACAUAGUGAUUAUGUUAAUUGAUGACAUGGGUUACAAUGAUCUUAGUUUUCAUGGUUCCAAUCAGAUACUGACGCCUAAUAUAGAUGCUUUAGCCUAUAAUGGAAUUAUAUUGAAUAGACAUUACGUACCAAAUCUCUGUACUCCAUCGAGGUCGGCCCUGCUAACUGGUAAAUACCCAAUACACACGGGAACUCAACAUUUCGUAGCAGUAAAUCAGGAGCCAUUAGAUGAGCCAUUAGAUGAGCAACUGAUGCCAGCGUUUUUUCGUGAUGAAGGUUAUUCUACUAACUUGGUGGGUAAAUGGCAUUUGGGUUUCUAUCGAAAGGAAAUGACUCCAACCUUUAGAGGCUUUAAUCAUCAUUAUGGCUACUAUUCGGGUUUUAUAAGCUAUUACGAUCACACUUUCGAUGUAGAGAAAUUCAAUUAUACAGGCUUAGACUUUCGCCGCGAUCUUCGGCCAUGGCCAGAAGCAAAUGGUACAUAUGCCACUGAUGUAUUUACUGAUGAAGCUGUACGGAUAAUUAAAUGUCAUGAUGAAAGUAAACCGCUCUUUUUGUUAAUUAGCCAUCUCGCGGUACAUACCGGAAAAAACAAAAAUCCUUUACAAGCUCCUGAAGAAGAAGUGAAAAAGUUUCCAUAUAUUAGUAAUCCAAGGAGAAGAACAUACGCUGGUAUGAUUUCACGUUUAGAUGAGAGUGUUGGUAAAACUAUGGAAGCUUUAGCUAAGAAAGGAAUCCUUGAUAAUACGAUAGUGCUUUUGUAUUCAGACAACGGAGCUCCCACUGUUGGCUUAUAUGCUAAUACCGGUUCAAAUUAUCCAUUUAGAGGGUAAAAGGAGUCCCCUUGGGAGGGUGGCAUACGUUCCACAAGCUUGUUGUGGAGUUCAUUACUGAAACAACGUCACUACGUAUCUCAUCAGGUAAUGCAUGCAAUCGAUUGGUUUCCAACUCUAGCUGGGGCAGCCGAUAUAAAAUUACCUAAUAAUUUGCAUUUGGAUGGUAUUAACUUGUGGCCAUGUUUAAAUGGCAAGCACCCACCUCAGCCUAGACGGCUAAUUCAUGUGUUGGAUGAUAUUUUUGGUUACACAUCUUAUAUGCGUGAUAAUUACAAGUACAUUAGCGGUACUACCUUCAACGGUCUUUAUGACAUAUGGUUGGGAGAGUUGCCGUCACAUGAAAUUCAUCGUCUCUCUAAGUAUUACGUAGAAAAUGUAUUGAAUUCAACCGUAAACCGAUUACUGGGCAGUAAAAAUUUACUGGGUCAACAUGUAUUAGAAUUAAGAUCACAAGCCACUGUACAUUGUCCGCGAAAUUCGGAAGAUUUCAAUCAAUCAAUUUACAAAUGUGAGCCACUAAGAGCGCCUUGCCUUUUUGAUGUUGUUAAUGAUCCUUGCGAAAGGUAUAAUUUAGCCCGCGUACACUCAUCACAGAUGGAAAUUCUUUCGCAGGAAGUGAACGAGUUACGCAGACAAGCUACACGCAGCGCACGGAUAGCAACAGCUGAUACUCGUUGUGAUCCCAAGCGAUUUAAUGGUACCUGGCAAUGGUGGUAUAGCAGUGCAGCCCCAGUAUUUAGUUUUAAUAAUAAUCUUUAUUUCAUUAACACAUUCCUUUCAUUUUCUCUUAUACACGCUUACAAGUAACAAGAAAUUGUGAAGAGAUUCAAAAUAAUGCUGAGACCAAUUAUGAAAAGUUUGCAAUUAAUUAUCAUCGCCUAGAAAUCAAAAUUUCGAUUAUUGAAAAUUAAUUCAUCAGGUUUGCCUAUAAAGAUAUUGCGAUGCAAAAGCUUUGUAUGAAGAAUAUUCAAAUACUUGAGAAGCCAUUAGGUUUUCUUCUACUGUGAAGUGUAUUUUCUAAUUACGUGGUUCAUGGGACUUAUAUUUUUGUAAAAUGUGAUAACAUACAUACAAAUACCUUUAGUCCAUUCAUUAACUUGUAAGAAAACUGAAAAAUAACCUCUUG